UAUGGGUAUGAAACUGCGGUCUGGUGUCAGCGAUACGAGCUGUUUUGUAACGAAAAACAGCGACGAAAUAAGGCCAGCGAGCUGGUGACCCUGAUGGAUGGAGCCGUCAAAGUCCAUUACAGAUGCAUGCACUUAUUCAACCUUCCUAAAGUAAUAUGUGACCCUUUUCGACGGCAAUUCGACUAUAAUCGUUGCACAAAAGGGCCAAAGAAGGUCCUCACGCCAACGCCAGAGGAUCAAAAGUUGGCAGAGAAAAUUGCCGAAGAAGAAAAGGCGUUGGAGCGGCUACUGAAGGAGAAGGAAAACGAGGACAAGGGA